AUGAAUAAUCUGACUAUGUUAUGUUCAAUAAAUGUUUGUCAAAAUAAUGGCAAAUGCUUUCUCAUAACUAAUAAUACAACAACAAUUCCAUAUUGUUUAUGUAAUAAAUGUUUUACAGGUAGUCAGUGUGAAAUUGAACAAUAUUCAAAAAAUCUUUGGAUCUAUGGUAUAUCGAAAGAGAAUAAAAAAGAUUAUAGUCCAUACAAUGAAAGAAUUAUAUUUGGUAUAUUUGCUAUCAUAUCAUUUGUAAGCAAUCUUUUAUCAUUACAAACGUUUUUAUUUUGUAAAAAAAUCCGUAUAACAAAUCUGGGCAUAUAUUUAAUUUUAUAUUCAUUGACUGGUAUGAUUAUCAGUAUGAUACAUAUUAUAUUUGCAUUUCUGAAUUUACUUUAUAAUUUUGAAGAAGUCUCAGAAUCAAAUCGUUUGAUACAGUGUGCAUUUUUAUAUUUACUUCAAAAUUCAUUAAUUUUCUGUCUCCAGUGGCUUUGGUUAUACAUUGCAGUCGAACGUGGUUUUAUUGAAUAUUCAUAUGUUAGUCUCUAUGAUUCAAGACGACGUUCAUUGAUUUCUUCCAUAUUACUUUUUACAUUAUUACCAUUAUCAAAUAUUUUGCCAAUUUUAUUUGGUCGAAAAGACUACAGUUAUACUUCAUAUAAUUUUUGUCUAUUAAACUUUACAUCAACUGGUUAUACAUUCUAUUUAAUAAUCUAUUACAUUAGCUAA